AUGUCUUGGUUGUUUGUUGUCCAUAUUUUCAUGGUGAUGACUAGUUCAAGUUCAAUCUCCUUUGCACUUGGCCGCCCCAGCAAUGAGACGGACAAGCUCUCUUUACUUGCCUUCAAGAGCAAAAUAAGUGAUGAUCCGCUAGGCAUCCUCAAUUCUUGGAAUGAUUCCCUCCAUUUUUGUCGCUGGCAAGCCAUUACUUGCGGUCGAAGACACCGAAGAGUUACUAUGUUGGACCUCGACUCGUGUGAACUAAAGGGCCAAAUAUCUCCCCAUGUCGGAAAUUUGAGCUUUCUAAGGACAUUGAAUCUCCAAAACAAUAGUUUUGAGGGUGAAAUUCCUCCACAAAUUGGUGCUUUGUUCCGGUUGCAAGUACUACGGCUUCAGAACAACUCUUUGAGUGGCGAAAUUCCGGUCAACAUAUCUCUCUGCUCCAAUCUAUGGUACCUAGGACUAGGAAGUAACAAUCUCACGGGCAAACUUCCUAACGGUAUGGGGUAUCUAUCAAAACUUCAAGUACUAAAUUUAAGAUUCAACGACUUUGUUGGGAAAAUACCAUCUUCCUUUGGGAACCUUUCUUCUCUUGAGAUGGUCACCAUGGAAUCAAAUAAGUUUCAUGGUAAUAUUCCAAAUAGCCUUGGCCAGUUAGAAGGUUUGACAUAUCUUGCACUAGGCCUAAAUAACCUGAAUGGUACUAUCCCUUCCUCACUAUAUAAUUUAUCUUCCAUUCAAUUAUUCUCUGUCCACACAAACCAACUUGUAGGAAGUCUGCCUCCUGACUUGGGUCACACUCUUCCAAAUCUUGAAGCUCUUUAUUUCCAUUCUAACCAUUUCACCGGACGGAUUCCUAUUUCGAUCUCUAAUGCGUCGAAACUAUAUCGCUUAUUCAAGUUUCAACUAACAACUUGA